GCUAGAAUUAAAAAGGAAAAGGGGAAGGAGAAGGGAGACCCUUAACACUGACUCACUCACUCUUUCUUUCUUUCGUUCGUUCUUUCUUUCUUUCUUCUCUGCACUUUAUACUGUUCAAAUUCGAUACUUUGCUGUUUUUACAGAGAACGAGGCCCUUUGGUGUACAGAAUAGAGAAAGAGAAGCUCAAUGAGCUUUAUAUCUCUCUAAAACUUUCUCUCUCUAUCUCUCUAUCUCAAACUUUCUCUGCAUUGCCUUCUUCUACUUCACAAUCUCUCCCCAUUUCUUCUUCUUCUUGUUCUAAGCUUUUCCCCUCUCUUUUGGGCCUCUCUUGUUUAGUGGAAGGAAGGGGGAUUUUGGGUUUGAUCUUGUUGGGUGUUUGUGAAGAAACCCUUUAAGGGUUUUUUUGGAUGGAGAGUUCUUUGUCUAUUUGUCUUGGAUUCUGAUGGGUUUUUGAUGAUUUGAAGCGAAACCCUUGAAUUCUGAGUAGUAGUGGGAGCUGUAUGAAGUAGUGGUGGAACAAUGAGCGAUGAGAAUUCCAAGAAAAGCAAGCUCUCAUGGUCCAAGAAAAUGGUCAGGAAAUGGUUCAAUAUCAGGUGCAAAAGCGAGGAUUUUCAAGCGGAUGUUGCUUAUAGAGGAAGUGAUAUCGAUUACAGAAGCAGAAGCUUCUCAGAGAGGGAGCCUUGCACCAUCAAGAAAAGCAAAACAGAGAAAUUCAGCAAAAAUGGCGAGCCGGGACGCCGAGGGAAGAUGAAUCUUGACCAUCCUCGAAUCAUUGAUGUGCAGAACUAUAGCAUUUUUGUUGCUACAUGGAACGUGGCUGGAAGAUCUCCUCCUAACAAUCUAAAUCUGGAUGAUUGGCUUCAAUCCUCACCCCCUGCUGAUAUUUAUGUUCUUGGAUUUCAGGAGAUAGUGCCAUUGAAUGCUGGUAAUAUACUCGGUGCAGAAGACAAUGGUCCUGCUAAAAAAUGGCAGGCUCUCAUUCGAAAGACUCUAAACAAUCUUCCCGGAACGAGCGUGGGGAAUGCGUGUUAUACGCCUUCUCCAAUUCCGAAACCCGUUGUGGAGAUAAAUGCAGAUUUUGAGGGGUCUGCUAGGCAGAAGAAUUCAUCGUUCUUCCAUCGACGAUCGUUUCAAACAACUCACAGCUGGAGAAUGGAUAAUGAUCCUUCAAUACUGCAGCCACGACUCGACCGAAGAUUUAGUGUAUGUGACCGUGUUAUCUUCGGUCAUCGGUCGAGUGAUUUUGGUCCUAACUUUAGAGGGAGCCACAGGCCAAGUGAUUACUGCAGACCAAGUGACUACUCAAGACCAAGUGACUAUUCCAGGUCCAGUGACUUUUGCAGGCCGAGCGAUUACUCUAGGCCGAGCGACUUUUGCAGGCCGAGUGACUCGAGGCCUAGUGACUGUUCGAGAUGGGGUUCGUCCGAUGAUGAUAAUGUUUCGUGGGAGUCACCGAGCACGGUUUUGUUUUCGCCUAUGUCGCAUGGUGGAUCGUCAUCCCAGGAUGGUGGAUAUAGAAUGCCAGGACAUUCAAGAUAUUGCUUAGUUGCAAGCAAACAAAUGGUUGGCAUAUUUCUCACAAUAUGGGUGAAAAGUGACUUGAGGGAUCAUGUUCGAAACAUGAAGGUUUCUUGUGUUGGUAGAGGAUUGAUGGGUUACCUUGGAAAUAAGGGAUCGAUUUCUAUUAGCAUGUCUUUGCAUCAAACAAGCUUUUGCUUCAUUUGUACUCACUUAACAUCUGGAGAGAAAGAAGGCGACGAGCUUAGAAGAAACUCUGACGUGAUGGAGAUACUUAAAAAGACAAGGUUUCCACGAGUUCACGGUGCAGGCAGCGACGAGAAAUCCCCUGAAACAAUCCUCGAGCAUGAUCGUGUUAUUUGGCUCGGGGAUUUAAACUAUCGAAUUGCUCUUUCUUACCGUUCGGCCAAGGCGCUCGUAGAGAUGCAAAACUGGAGGGCAUUGCUUGAGAAAGAUCAGCUACGAAUAGAACAAAGACUUGGGCAUGUAUUUGCUGGAUGGAAUGAAGGAAAGAUUUACUUUCCUCCUACAUAUAAGUAUUCAACUAAUUCAGAUCGAUAUGCAGGAGAGGGCGCUUACCCGAAAGAAAAGCGUCGUAAACCCGCUUGGUGCGAUCGGAUAUUAUGGCAUGGAGAAGGCCUCCAUCAGCUAUCCUACGUCCGUGGAGAGUCAAGGUUUUCAGAUCAUAGACCGGUUUACGGAGUGUUUUGGGCCGAGGUUGAGUCAAGUCGAGGGAGAUUGAAGAAAAGCAUGAGUUAUUCCAGUUCGAGAGUCGAAGUUGAAGAGCUUCUUCCAUACGCACAUGGAUACACCGAGUUAAACUUUUUCUGAAAGCGAGAUCCAAUGGCUACACAAUCCAGCCAUAGUGAGCUAUCCCUUUUGUAGCUAAAGCCAUUGUGAGGUAUCGUUUUUCGGCCGACCCGAAACUUUGUAUAUCACACUCGUAGAAAAUUUUGCAAUAAGAUUCCUCCCCAAAGAGAGAGAUGAUGUAAGAGUAGGAUUAGGAUUUGUUUGAAUCUCCUUUACAAAGCUUUGUUCAACUCUCCUAUAAUUCAACCCUCAAGAAAGCUAUACCUGAUUUGACUGCAAAUCUGGCCCCAGACGGUGGUGGAGCUCAUCCCUUGAAGGCUGAUGGGGACACUUCGUAGCUCACAGCCCAAAAAAGUCCUCAUUUUGAAGUCCCUGUAGGUUACCUAAUACCACUGACCUUUCUUCACAACACAUUGUGCCUUUGCUCAUCAUAUCUUGUUAUAGCUGAGUUUACUCACUUUUUAGUACACACCUGCAUAAUUCGGUCGCCUAAUCGAUAACGAUGCUUAGCUUUCGGGAUUGGAAGAACUCGACCUGUAAAGCGACGACAUGUGGAGGAUCGAGUAAUAUUUUUGGCUUCUUUU